AUGUUAGAAGUCGUUUCAUAUAUUCUCAUAAUUUAUCUUACAUUUGCGUCCAUUCCCUAUUUUUCAACCGCAAAUGAUGUUGAUCAAAUGAAUUGUGAUAAUGAGAAUAUGGGAGACUUCAUGCGUUUUGGAAUUCUCUUGUCGCAUAAUGAUCUUCGAUCAAAUCUUUCUCGUGGCAUUUAUGAUUUUCCCUCUGGCUCUAAUAUGUAUAGAAUAAGAUAUGAUUGUCAGCUUGAAAAAUUAGCUCAACAACGAGCUAAUAAUGAAUGCUCAAUUUCCAAUAUAUCCGAUCACUUAGCCGAUACAAUCGGUGAAAAUAUUUACCGAUAUCGUAGCAAUAACUCAAAUUCAGAUUCUUCCAGUAUGUAA